GCCACCGGACGGUUAUGUGUAGACAGUGCAGGGAAACGUGGCACACACAGUGACACACAAACCAUGCAGGCAGCUCAACCCGGACCAGCAGCAGAAACAGAAAUGUAACAGAUGGAUUAGAAAAGUAUGUGCCUCGGCUCUUCAUCAACAUGUUCCCGGGAGUUUUCUAUGCAUUACUGGCGGGUUUCCUCGGGGCCGUGGCGUCAUCGUCGGCCAAACUGUCCCUCGGAGCCGACUACCUGAAGGGAGUCUGUGAAACCGGACUCAGGACGUGGGGAGAGCAGCGGAAAUUCAGACAAGCGGACGAAACUACCGCCUGCGACCGGCUCCACAUCCCACUGAGGCUGCUGUGUGGCGGUCUGCUUUUCACCUGCAAUGCUGUGAUGUGGACCUUCCUUGCCAAAGCACUCAGGUACUCCUCUUCCUCCACCCAAACCACUGUGACCACCACCGCCUCCAACUUCAUAUCUUCCGCUUUUCUGGGUCAGCUGAUCUUUGGUGAAGCCCAGAUAACGUUGUGGUGGGUUGGGAUCUCCCUGACCUUCUCUGGUCUGUUGUUGCUGCAGAGGGUUUCACCGCAGGAUAGACAACAUGACCCAGGCGACAAGGACGAAUAAUAUGUCUUGUCUCCACUAGAGUUCAGCCUGGCUUCAGCAUCUCCUCAGAUUAAAACAGAAUAGUGAAAAAUGUUUUGUUAGUCCUCCCUCAAUAACUAGUUUUAUCAAACAAAUUGUUUCUUAAUGAACUCAAAAUGCAUCCUUCCUCAAAAAAAAGGAGAUUCUUUAUUUAUAAUGUUCCUAGUUAUCCUUCAGAUUGCGUUUUGUGGCCAUGUAGGCUGAGAAACACUGCAUGCUCAGCUGUGGUGCAGCAUUUUUUUUGGACCUGUUCUAAAAAUCAGAGGAGGUGUUGGUCUUCAGCCAGUCUGGCCAUGGCACAGCAACAGUCUGGCCAGUGGAGACAAGCUAAUGGACGCCUGCGCCCAGCUUCCCAGAUGCUCUAACAUCAUCUUUGUACACAGGCUUACAAUGAAGCAAAAAGCAUACUAGCUUUACUUUACUUUUGGGGAAUCUUUCAGUCAACAACAGCACAAUAACUCAUAAGUUAACAGAACAGGUGUGAAAGAAGGGAAGAGACUAAAGGGAAAGGUAGUUAUUUGACAUUUUGGGAAAUACACUUAUUUGUUUUCUGACAAAAAUUGACACCACUCUCAUGUCUGUAUAGUAUGAGGCUGAUGCCAUCGUCUGGUUAGCUUAGCAUAGCAAAACCAGUAGAAUAGGGAAACAGCUAGCCUGGCUCUGUUGGAAGCUAACAAAAUCGCCUACCAGCACUUUUAAAGCGCAUUCAUUAACAUGUUUUAUCUUGUUUGUUUAAUUCUAACACCCAGUAAAACCACAGUGUUUUUUUGGACAGAGCCGGGCUGGCUGUUCCCCCCAUUUCCAGUCUUUAUGCUAAGCUAACCAAAACCAUCUCAUGGCUUUAGCUUCAUAUUUAACGGACAAAUAUGAGUGUUAUCAAUCUUCUCUUCUAACUCUGCAAGAAAGGAAAUAAGUGCGUUUCUCAAAAACUAUUCCUUUAAAGGAAGAUACAGAUAAUACAAUAUCUAUAUAAUAUAUAUAUAUAUAUAUAUAUAUAUAUAUAUAUAUAUAUAUAUAUAUAUAUAUAUACAGACAGACU